UAUGUCGUCUGAGCAGGAGUGUGAAGAAACCAGCGCCCCAACUUCCAAAAUCCAAUAUAUAGCGCUGUUUACACUUAUAUUUCUCAGUUUUAGAAAAUAAGGUCACACAUAUAAAAGUACACUUUAGUACACUAUUGUUAAUGCUUAAAACAUUGCGUCAGCCUUUCUUCUGAGACAGCAGCAAUGGAUACACUAGCAGAUCUAUAAAAAAAAAUUUCACAUGUCUUUACAAAUGAUAACAAGUAAACGAUAACAAUGAUGAGUGAUUGCAAAAAACCUUGGAAUAUUUGUAUCCCACAAGACAUUCAUCUGGAGCCCCCAGGAUAUCUGAUUGGCCUAGUUGAGCCUGCCAGAGCUUUAGUUUUUAUUCAUGGCAUUUCUAAAACAUUGAUAACAAAAUGCAGUUACAGUAGUGAAGAUGAGCUUAAUGUAGUUGGACUUUGGCAGACUCCAAAGGAAAACAUUGGAGAUUUCCAUCCUGUGAGUCAUGGUUAUACACUUUACCUCAACAUGGAUUUGUCAGACUACUCAUUGUUCUGCAACCUGAAGUUCAAACACUCUUUAUUAUCUGAAUAUGAAGAGAUUCCAGCUGUCUGUAUUUUUUAUCACCCUCAUAAGUUUUUAUCUUCAUACAUCCUCUUUCACACAGCAUGUAGUCAAGUGAACCAUAAUUUAUUGGAUAAAAUGGAAACUAAAUUAUUUAAAGCUAGAAAAAAUGUGUCAACAGAGAAAAAAGAUGAGAACAAUAUUCAAACAGCCCAGGACCUUUCCCCUGUGCAUGCAGAGAGUUUUCUAGAAAAUUUGGGUAAAAAUGUGUACAGGUAUCAGGAUAAACAAGUGCCUGAUGUCAAGACAUUUUAUAAAAAUUCCUCAUCAAUACUGCAAAAAAUCUGGCAGCUUCUUAACUUUGUCAUUAUUCCACUGCCUCUUUCUGUUAUAUGGAUUUAUCAUCAAAUUGGCACUUUAGUAAGCUGUGGAUGGCAGAAUGCAAGAUCAAGAUGUAAUCUUCUACCUCAUCUCCUUCAGUUUCCUUUUAUUGUUGAACAUUUCCACUUUCAAGCCAAGCGAUCACAUAUGACUCUCAAGUUAAAAAAGACUAUAAAUUUUAAAAGAUUCAUUUUUUAUAACCAUUGUGUACAACAACUGAUGGACACAUUGUUAGGCAUUCUGUUCCUCUACUUGAUAGUGCACCUCAGUUUGGCAAAUGACAUAGCAGAUGUAAUUUUAGACUGGGCAGAUGAUGUGGCUCUGCGACUUAAUGUUUUAGUCAACUGGUUGAUGGGCGCCCCUGCAGGACUUAAGUUGAAUGCCCAGCUUACAAAAUUUAUGGGGCAUUUCUUCAUUUAUCAUAUCUAUCUAUGGACAGGCUACUUGAGUCUACUACGUAGUGUAAUGCCAACAAUCUUCUGGUAUUCCUCUUUUGUUGGUAUCUUUGGUGUGUCAGCUCAGCUCUGCCUUGUCAGGGAUGUGCUCUCAAUGCUGACAUUACAUAUUUAUUGUUUUUAUGUUUAUGCUGCAAGAAUUUUUAAUGUUCAAGUCUAUGCAUUGAGCUCAUUAUGGCGCCUAUUCCGCGGGAAGAAAUGGAAUGUUCUGCGAUCUAGAGUAGAUUCUGCUGCCUACAAUACUGAUCAGCUGUUUGUAGGCACUUUGUUGUUCACUGUCUUGCUGUUCUUGCUGCCAACCACCGCACUUUACUAUGCUGUCUUUACUUUACUUCGUCUGUUAGUGCUAGCUGUCCAAGGUGUUAUCAAACAAGUUGUCAUACUGAUCAGAACAGCACCUGUCUUCACCAUUGCCCUGCGUUUGGUUGCUUCAAAUCUGGUUGCUGGGGGAAUAAGGUUUGAAGUCAAGAAUAUAAAAGACAAUAACCUCAUAGUUUCACUGCAGACAUGCCAAGUUCCAUUUGGGCAGUUAAUUAGCUUGACCACAGCUUUGUGGACAAACCCAUCAGCCCCUACCCACUCAUGGAAAGAGCUCUUAUGUUUUUUGGCAACAGGCAGACUCAUCUAUCCUUGGGUGGAUAAAAAGUUGGAUAAGAAAUUACAGAAGUUGGAUAAAACUUUAAAAACUGAAUGAUGCAACCAAAUAAAAUCUUAAUUAUUUUUUACAAUAUACAG